AUGACAGCGAAGAAGUCUGGCUCACGACUGGAGACUGAGAUUGAGCGGUGUCGUUCCGAGGCCCAAUGGGAUAAAAUACCGGAGUUGGUUCGGCAACUUUCAGCUAAAUUGAUAUCAAACGAUGAUCUUGGAGAGCUGUUGUUGGGGGAAUGCAAGCUUCUGACAUACCUAAAGGAGAAUCCAAUCAAACAGGGCGCGAGUCCGAGGGGCCCACGACCAAAACUAGUGGAGGUCAGGAAGCACCUCACUGCUGCCCUGGACAGAGGAAACCUCAAGGCUGAUUACCUCCAAGAAGCAAGUCUUCUCAUGGCCAAACUUAGUUAUGUUGAGGCAGAAUACACAGACGCUUUAGGUCACUAUAACAGGGUAAAUUUGGACGACAUGCAGCUGGCGGGAGCCCCAGUUUAUAGGCUGUCUAUGAUAGCGGAAGCCUAUGCAACUAAAGGCUUGUGUCUAGAGAAAGUCCCAGCACCUUCUCCGCUGCUUUCCAAUAAGAAAGGCAGUUCUCCCUCCACCGAUCGGAACACAUCUGAGCGGGAGCAGGAAAUCAUUACCUGCUAUGAAAAGUCUGGAGACAUUGCUUUGCUGUACUUGCAAGAGGCUGAAAAGGCUUUGUCAGCUGGAAUUCAGAAUCGCAGCCCAAAGCCUGGUCCAGCUUCCCAGGACCAGGAACUGGGUUACUUCCUUGAGACUGGUCUACAGAGAGCCCAUGUCAUCCAUUUUAAGAAUGGAAACCUGACUCAAGGUGUUGGGCGAUUUCGAGAAAUUCUUCGAGCUGUUGAGACGAGGACAACACAGAACCUGCGCAUGACCAUAGCGAGACAGCUAGCAGAGAUCUUGCUGCGAGGAAUGUGUGAACAGAGUUACUGGUCUCCUGUGGAAGACCCACCUACUGUGUCACCGCUGGACGAUCCCUCGCGACAAGGACACGUCCAAAGCAAGAAGUACAGCUUAAGCCGACGCCCACGAGUAUACUCGGGAGAGAAUAUUUUUUGCCCUCAGGAGAAUACAGAAGAAGCUUUAUUGUUGCUCCUCAUCAGUGAGUCCAUGGCCAACCGUGACGCUGUCCUAAGUAGGAUUCCGGAACAUAACAAUGAUCGAAUCAUCAGUUUGCAGUCAGCAUCUGUGGUGUACGACCUGCUGACUAUAGCUUUAGGCAGGAGGGGGCAGUAUGAGAUGCUGUCUGAGUGUUUGGAACGAGCUAUGAAGUUUGCCUUUGAGGAGUUCCACUUGUGGUACCAGCUUGCACUCUCUUUGAUGGCUGCUGGGAAAUCUGCUCGUGCGGUAAAAGUUCUGAAGGAGUGCAUCCGCCUUAAGCCAGAUGACCCCACCAUCCCGCUGUUAGCCGUCAAACUGUGUAUCGGACCCCUGCACUGGUUGGAUGAAGGGGAGUGCUUUGCCAAAAUGGUGAUUGACAUGGGAGAAAAUGCAGCUGAAUUUAGAGCAAAAGGCUACUUAGCAAUUGGACUUGUUUACAGCCUCAAAGCCACAGAUGCAUCAUUGCGAAGCACACAAGAGGAGUAUCAGAGGAAAGCUUUAGGGGCCUUCCAGAGAGCUCAGAGUUUGUCGCCAACAGACCAUCUAGCAGCCUUCUACCUUGCACUGCAGCUUGCUGUGUCCAGACAGAUUCCGGAGGCGCUAGGCUACGUUCGACAGGCUUUGCAGCUUCAAGGGGAUGACGUUCACUCCCUUCACCUGCUGGCCUUGCUGCUCUCAGCUCAGAAACACUACCAGGAUGGUCUUAAUAUUAUAGAAAUGGCCCUCUCUGAAUAUCCAGAGAACUUCAACUUGCUCUAUACAAAAGUGAAGUUGGAGAGCAUGUGCAGAGGAUCAGAAGAAGCUUUGCUCACCUGCAAACAUAUGCUGCAGAUAUGGAAGAGCUUUUACAACCUUACAAAUCCAAGUGAUUCCGGGCGUGGGAGCAGUUUGUUGGAUAGAGCUGUAGCGGACCGACGACAACUCAACGCCAUGACAUUGCCAGACUUCAGUGACCCAGAUACUGCCUCAGGUUCCUCCUCCUCUCACACUGGUUCGGAACCAGUAUCCCCCACUUCCCCCUCCAGCGUAUCCACGCUGUCCUCUCCACUCUCCUGCCCUUCUUCUCCAGUUUUCAUCCUUCAGCCUCCACCCAAAAAAUCAUCCUUCUUGCCUCCUCCUCCCUUGAUGAACACCAAAGCCGCAACUCACUCCUUUAGCAACCACGUCACUCUUCGCCGGCUUUCCUCCAACUGCGGCCCUCAGGACGCUAACACGCUUGGUUUUUCUUCCAUGUUUUCUGUUUGUUCUGUGCAUGCUACAUCGAUAGCAGCAAGUCGUGUGGAGCAAGCAUUGUCUGAGGUGGCCUCCUCCCUUCAGAGUAGCGCCCCCAAGCACGGACCUCUGCACCCCUGGAUGACUCUGGCUCAGAUCUGGCUGCAUGCAGCCGAGGUAUACAUCGGCAUGUCGAAGCCUGCCGAGGCUUCAGCCUGCACUCAAGAAGCUUCCAACCUCUUUCCCACAUCCCAUAAUGUCCUCUUCAUGAGGGGGCAGAUCGCCGAGCUCAGGGGCAACAUAGAUGAGGCCAAGCGCUGGUAUGAAGAAGCCCUGUCCAUCAACCCGACCCAUGUCAAAACCAUGCAGAGACUGGGUCUUAUUCUGUAUCAGCUUCAACGCUACAGUCUGUCAGAAAAGGUUCUGAGGGAUGCAGUGCAGGUCAACAGUACGGCGCACGAUGUGUGGAACAGCCUCGGCGAGGUGUUGCAAGCACAAGGGAACGCCGCCGCUGCCACUGAGUGUUUCCUCACCGCUUUGGAGUUGGAGGCCAGCAGCCCCAUCCUCCCCUUCACUAUCAUUCCUAGAGCACUAUGA